AUGGCUUCAAUCAUCAAUUCGCUUGCAGUCCCUUCAACUUAUCGUGAUCAGUUAUAUCAGGGUUCUUCCAACCAACUGACUGAUGAUCUUUCUACAACAGCCACACUUUAUGUUGGUAAUUUAUCAUUUUUCACAACCGAGGAACAAAUCUAUGAACUCUUUGGAAAAUGUGGAGAAAUCAAGCGUAUCAUUAUGGGUCUCGAUCGUAAUCAAAAGACACCUUGUGGAUUUUGUUUCGUAGAAUACUACCACCGUGAUGAUGCACUUGAUUGUAUGAAGUAUACCAAUGGAACGAAAUUAGACGAACGUGUCAUUCGAUGCGAUCUUGAUCCUGGGUUUAAGGAAGGCAGACAAUUUGGACGUGGUAGAAGUGGUGGACAAGUCAGAGAUGAAUAUCGUACAGAAUAUGAUGUCGGAAGAGGUGGUUGGGGUCAUAGAAUGCGUUUACAACUUGAGCAAGAUCGUGAGAGAGAUUUGAAGCAGAAUUAUGAGGCUAUCAAGGAUAUUCCUCAAGGUGCUGAAGAAUACAAGAGUAGAGCCGCUGCUGGUCAAAGUGGAAAACGUAAAUAUGAUGAUAAUGAAGAAGAUGAUUCUCGUAAACGUCAAAAGGAACAGAAUCCUCGUUUCAGAGAAAAUGAGGAUGAGGAUGAAGAGUAA